AUGGGAUUAUUCGGUUCAUCUGACCCUACCGUCAAAGCUGAAAAGGCAAUUGCCAAAGAGGCUAAAGCAGAAGAGAAACAAGUCAAACAAGCAGAGAAAGAUUUAGCUCACGCCGAGAAAUCAGAAUCCAAACUUGCUAAAGCUGAAGUCAAAGCCCAUCAUGCUCAAGACAAAGCUAUCAAAGUCGAACAAAAGACAGCCGCGGCACUUAACAAGGCAGCUCAGAAACACGACUCUUCCGUAACACAUCAAAACGCUGCCGUGAACGAUGUCAAGCGAACCUCAAAUGAACACCAACGUAUCGCACAAGAAGUUGCCCAGAAGAAGGCAGCCUUGGAGAACCUCACACAUCAACACCACCAACAAGAACAAGUUCGAGACCACAAACUGCAAGAAAUACACCAACAACCCGGUCAAACUGCUAGUAACGUGACCAGCGAUCUUCGAACCGGCGAACACGUCGCUCCUAACGGUGGUGUUCACCAAACCGGCGGCGCCCAAACUGGUGCUCUCGAUCAGACUCAAGCUAACGCCGCUGGAGCAGGCUACGGAGCAACUGGUGCUGGAGCUGGCGGAGCUGGUUAUGGCGCACAAACGAAUGCAGCCCAAGGUGCAGGUUAUGGUCAAGGUGGUGUUACUGAAGGUCAAAGCGCCUCCACCGCUAGAAACAUCUAA